AUGGUGGAGUGGGUGAUUGGACUACAGUUAAGGUGCGGAAAGCCGUGGACGGAUUGUACACAUAUGUACAUUCCAGUGAUCGCGAGCUCACACUGUUUUUCGGUGGAGAUCGUAUUUGCUGAUUCCACCAUAUAUGUGUACGACUCUGAUCAUAGCUGUCUGACGCAAAGUCAAUUGGAGCAAAUACUGGAGCCAUUGGCUGUGAUCGUGCCCAUGAUGGCUAGUCAUGCGAUGAUUCGAGUAAAUGAUAGAUUAGCCAUUGUGCGGAACACGACGACUGCGAGACAAGAAAGAUCGGGUGACUGUGGCAUAUUUGCAAUCAAGUACAUAGAGUUCAAAAACAAUAUUUUUUUUACUUAA